AUGUCUUGGAAACUAUUAAGGCAAUUUAAUGCUGUUUUUGGAUGGCCGAUAUUUUUGUUUUUGUGGAGGACAUCAAUAUAUAUGGUUAAUAAUAUCAUUGUGCACUUAACGAUACUUAUCUUCUUGGCAAUGUCCUGCGAAUCUGUAGAACGAAUUGGCAAGGAAAUAGUAAACACAUGUUACCAACUGCGAGAAAAAGAACAGGAUGUUGAAAUGAAGCAGCAAUUGUUGGAUCUAGCUAUUUAUACGGAACAAUGGAAACCCACCUUUUCUGCUGCAGGGUUUUUUGACUUCAACCAAAGAUGUCUUAAUGUUAUUUUUUCCUCACUUAUCAAUUAUUUGGUUAUUAUUUUGCAGUUUGAUAUAACGAUAAAACAAAAUGCUCAUUGA